GACGGUAGCCAUGAAACAGUUUCCAUUGGCGCAGAUAUGAAAUUCAUCCUAGCACUGACGUUUUUUUCUUUGGUCUUGGCGUCCGAUAAUAACUGUACAAAGAUGCAAAAGCGAUUGACUAGGCAAAUGACCAAGUUAAAUGAUCUCAUGUCAAAUUUCACAUGCAGAGCAAGCGGUAAAGUUGAUCUAAAAGACUUAAAUUUGAGUACAGAAAUGCUAAGCUCCAAACUCUCUUCGAUUGGAACAACUAUUGGAAUGGUAAAUGAGAAUGUAAGCGCCACUACUUCUUCUCCCCAAUUAAGAUACUGCAAACCUGGGGAGACGAGACCUUUCAUACCUUUGCCCGAUGCAGAAAAUGUGAUCUUGUGCGUUGUGAAACCAGAAAGUUUUGUCAAAGACGGCUUCACUUUUGACGAUUUGGACGAGCGGCUUUGCACGCAUGUGGUGCUCGCCUACGCAGUGAAAAUUUUGGAAAAUAAGGACUACGAGAUGCGUCUGCUGGGCGACAUAGCGCCGAUCGAGAAAAUAAUCAAAUACUGCAAGGUAUUCGAUAUGAAGGUUCUGAUCGAAAUUGGCUCCUGGGACGGCCAAUCUUUCGCCCCUAAGCAAUUCAGCCGCAUGGCCAAGAACAAGACGGCCAGAGAGCUUUUUGUCAAUAACACCUUGGGUCUGAUGCAGAGAUACGAGAUUGACGGCAUCUUCCUCAGAUGGCUCUAUCCCGUCUGCUGGUUUGUGGUGUGCACCAACGGACCUGGCGUCGACAAACCCAACUUUUCCCUGCUUUUGAAGUACAUGAACAAAAUAAUCAGGUCAGAGAGCAAAUUGGUAAUCGUGGACGCACCGUCCAACACUUUCGUCAUCAACACAGUCUUUGAGUUCAACGAGGUGAUGGGCAACGUCGACUACCUGGCAGUUUACACGUGCGAGUACAGCGGCGACUGGAGCACUGGCACCGCUCUAACUGCCCCUUACAAAAGCUUCAUGCGCACACUUCAGUUCUAUUCAAAAAUUGUUUCUCCCAACAAGUUACUGGCAACAAUCUCUUCCGAAAUCGUCCCAGUAAAACUUGCAAAAAUCGGUAACACCCGCAUCGGCUCGUACAUCUUGGGGAGAAGCAACUACAGCAUGGACUCUUAUGUCAAGGUGUGUUACAACGUCCGCAACAAUGGCGCAACGGCCGUCAAGGGCAGUGAUGACGACUAUUACGCGUACGCUUACAAAGACCAAACGUGGGCUUCCUAUGACAGCGUCGAUUUGAUCAGACAAAAGAUGAGCUUCUUGAGCACAUUGGAUCACUUUGGCGGUGUGGUUUUCCGAUAUUUGAGCGACGACGACUUCAAUGGAACAGUUUGCAUGAGCGGAAGGUAUCCGAUGCUUCGGACUAUCAAUGAGGAGAUCAGAGGAAACAAAACUCUUGUCAAUUCAUACCCUUGAAUUUCGAAUUUUUUGUAUCCAAACAGAUUUCAUUAAAAAAAAAAUU